GUUCCUCCCGCAGGUGCCUCUGACGCCGGCAUGGAGCAGGCGGCCAGGGCCCACUGCCAGGGCUGCUGUGCCCACUGUGCCCCAGGUAAGCCGGGCUAGCGCGGGGGUGGCGGGCAGGCGACGAGGGGUCCCUGACCCGCCUCCUCUCCGCAGGGGGAAAGCCCCGCCAGGCCAAGUGAACUGGAACCGCCGGCCUGGGGACUGCUUUUAAGAUGACCCGCACGGACCCACCGGACCUGCUGGUGUCAACCGUGUACCAGGAUAUCAAGGUAGCGGCCCCGGACCCGGCGUCACGGCGCCCGACAUGUGAGCGCUCCAUGGCUCGGCCUGCUGCGCCCACGCCUUUCAACAAGCGCCACUGUCGCAGCUUCGACUUCCUGGAGGCGCUGGACGGGCCGGCCAUGGAGGGCCACGGAGGGCGUGGGCGCCCGGAGCAGCCGCCCCCGGAGCCUGCCGCACCGCGGCCCCGGCCCCGCGAGGGGGAAACUCGGCGCCGCGCCCGCUCCAAGAGCGCGCCACGCGCGACCCCGGGCCUAGCGCCCGCCGUACCCGCUUCACCCCCGGUGCUGCCGCGCCGAGGCCGGGAGUCCCAGCGAGCCGCACGCAUCGAGGUGUCGCCGCGCCGGGAACCCGCGUACCCUGCGCUGCGCGCGCUUGCCAACGAACUGCACCCAAUCAAGCUGCAGCCGCAACGAGGCGGUCCCGGCCGCAUCGCGCCCCUAUGCGCUGCGGCCGGCCGCUGCCCGCCGGCGGAGCAGCCCCCGGGGCCCGCCCCGCACGUCCGCUGCCGCCUGGACAUCAAGCCGGACGACGCAGUGCUGCAGCACACCGCCCGGGGUCCGCGGUCCUCCGGGCCCUCAGACGCUGCACCUUGGGUCCGCGGAGCCCCGCAGCUGCAUGGCCUCACGGUGCCAGGGCCUCGGAACGUGGCGCUGUCCCGCACGCCCACUCCCAGCGACUCCUACUGUGCGGACCCUCGGGCGUUGUACUGCGACGGGCCCCUGCCUGGGCCCCGGGACUAUGCCGAGCGCCGCAGCCUGCCCUUCGCCACCCCACCAGGCCCCACGCAAUUCUUCUACACCGAAGAGCCAGAGGGCUACCCUCCCGGCUUUACGGUCAGCCCAGGACCUCCCUUUGACGGCUACUGCCCCAGGCCCUAUGCGACUGAGGAGCCCCUUGGGCCCAGCCCUCGGCACGGGGGCGGAUACUAUGCAGGAGAAGUCCGGACCUUCCCGAUCCAGGAGCCACCCUCCCGCUCCUACUAUGGCGAGGCGACCCGAACCUACGGCCCAACCUGCGGCCCCCGAUAUGUCCCCGAGGAGCUCCGGGCCCACCCCGCCGUGCGUCCCUUCUACACCGAGGACUGGGGACGCCACCGUGAACGCGACGCCCUGGCUCGGACUUACCCUCACCCGCGCGGUAGCCCAGCCUGGGGCAACUGGGGUCCACGGCCUUACAGCACCCUGCAAGUCGCGCCACCCCCUGACCCCGGGCCGCUGCUCGCCUCGUGGCAUGGCGGCACGGGCACCAGCCCACCGCGGCUGGCCACAGACAGCCGCCACUACUCACGCUCCUGGGACAACAUUCUGGCUCCUGGGCCGCACCGGGAGGACCCCCUGGGUCGGGGCCGCAGCUAUGAGAACCUGCUGGGGCGCGAGGCGCGCGAGCCACGAGGCGCAUCCCUCGAAGCCCGGCGCCCGCCGGUCGUUGUGAACCUGUCCACCUCGCCCCGGCGUUACGCAGCGCUAUCACUGUCCGAGACGUCGUUGUCGGAGAAAGGUCGCGCCGGCGAAGGCCUGGGCCGCGCCUGGUACGUCACGCCAGAGAUCACCAUCACCGACAACGACCUGCGCCUCGCGGAGCGCCCAUCUGCCAGGGCCUGGGAAGUGUCUGCGGGCCGCCAGAGGCCGCCACCGCCAGCGGCCGCCGACUGCUCUGCCUCGGGUCGCCAGCGCAGUCUGGAGCAGCUGGACGAGCUCAUUACAGACCUAGUCAUCGACUCGAGGCCCCCAGCGGGCCCGGCCGGCGAGCGCGCGGUCGACAGUCCGGGCCGCCAGGUGCGCCGCUUGCUGGAUCUGCGGCCCGCGGGACCCGGGGCCCCCACGCCUGCGCCGCCGCGCUCGCCGCCUGCCUCCGCCGGCAGCGCCGAGGAGCCGGCGGGCUCGGGGGAGGCGGCCGACGCGUCGCCGGAACCCAGCGCCGACGAGGACGACCUGAUGACCUGCUCGAACGCGCGCUGCCGGCGCACCGAGACCAUGUUCAACGCCUGCCUCUACUUCAAGUCGUGCCACAGCUGCUACACCUACUACUGCUCGCGCCUGUGCCGCCGCGAGGAUUGGGACGCGCACAAGGCGCGCUGCGUGUACGGCCGCGUGGGCAGCGUGUGCCGCCACGUGCUGCAGUUCUGCCGCGACAGCCGCCCGGUGCACCGCGCCUUUUCGCGCAUCGCGCGCGUCGGCUUCCUAUCGCGCGGCCGCGGCGUGCUCUUCCUAGGUUUCCCGAGCCCCGGCUCCGCCGACAACUUCCUGCGCUUCGGCCUCGAGGGGCUGCUGCUGUCGCCCACCUACUUGUCUCUGCGCGAGCUGGCCACGCACGCGGCGCCCCUGGGCAGCUACGCGCGCGAGCUGGCGGCCGCCGGGCGCCUCUACGAGCCGGCCGAGUGCUUCCUGCUCAGCGUGUCCGUGGCCGUGGGCCCCAGCGCCGCGCCCCCCGGGACCCCCGCCCGGUCGACGCCCGCGCCCCGCAGCGCCGGCCCCACGGUGCGCAAGUUCGCCAAGGUGGCUCUGGCAGCCGGCAGCCCCGCGCGCCCGCCGCCGCUGCGGGGCCGCGAGCCCGACAUGGAGACCCUGAUUCUGACGCCGCCGCCUGGCACGGCGGGCCUGGACCAGGAAGGCGAGGCCGGCCGCCGCGCACGGGAGGUGGCCUUCAUCCACAUCCAGCGCGAGCUGCGCCUGCGCGGCGUCUUCCUGCGCCACGAGUUCCCACGCGUCUACGAGCAGCUCUGCGAGUUCGUCGAGGCCAACCGGCGCUUCACGCCCACCACCAUCUACCCCACAGACCGACGCACUGGCCGCCCCUUUAUGUGUAUGAUCAUGGCCGCCUCCGAGCCGCGCGCGCUCGACUGGGUGACCAGCGCCAACCUGCUGGACGACCUCAUGUGA